GGCGGGGCCGUGGCGCCACUCGCGCUGGUCUCCGCGGACAGCCGCCAGACGUCAUGGCUGCGGAGCAGCGCGGGAAGGCCGCGACGCUGGCUGGGAGGCAGCGGCUGCUCAGCUCGUCCUGCAGACUCUUUUUUCCUGAGGAUCCUAUUAAGAUUGUCCGGGGCCGAGGGCAAUACCUGUAUGAUGAACAGGGGGCAGAAUACAUUGACUGCAUCAACAAUGUGGCGCACGUUGGGCACUGCCACCCUUUAGUGGUCCAAGCAGCACACGAACAGAACCAGGUGCUCAACACCAACAGCCGAUACCUGCACGACAACAUCGUGGAUUACGCGCAGAGGCUGUCUGAGACCCUGCCGGAGAAGCUCUGUGUGUUUUACUUCCUGAAUUCUGGGUCAGAAGCCAAUGACCUAGCCCUGAGGCUGGCCCGCCAGUACACAGGACACUGGGACGUGGCAGUCUUAGACCAUGCUUAUCAUGGUCACUUGAGCUCCCUGAUUGACAUCAGCCCCUACAAGUUCCGGGACCUAGAUGGCCAGAAGGAAUGGGUCCAUGUGGCACCUCUCCCAGACACCUACCGUGGCCCCUACCGGGAGGACCACCCCAAUCCAGCUGAGGCAUAUGCCAGCGAGGUGAAACGCAUGCUCAGCAGCGCCCAGGAGCAGGGCAGGAAGAUUGCUGCGUUCUUCGCUGAGUCUCUGCCCAGUGUGGGAGGGCAGGUCAUCCCCCCUGCUGGCUACUUCCCGAAAGUGGCAGAGCACAUCCGCAAGGCCGGAGGGGUCUUUGUCGCAGACGAGAUUCAAGUGGGCUUUGGCCGAGUAGGCAAGCACUUCUGGGCCUUCCAGCUGCAAGGGAAAGACUUUGUCCCCGACAUUGUCACCAUGGGCAAGUCCAUUGGCAAUGGCCACCCUGUAGCCUGCGUGGCCACUACCCAAGCUGUAGCGAGGGCAUUUGAAGCCACCGGCGUCGAGUACUUCAACACGUUUGGGGGCAGCCCCGUGUCCUGUGCUGUGGGGCUGGCCGUCCUGGAUGUCUUGGAGAAGGAGCAGCUGCAGGCUCACGCCGCCCAAGUGGGCAGCUUCCUGAUGGAGCUCCUCAGGCAGCAGAAAGCCAAACAUCCCAUCAUCGGGGAUGUCAGGGGUGUCGGGCUCUUCAUUGGUGUGGAUCUGAUCAAAGAUGAGGCCACCAGGACGCCAGCCACCGAAGAGGCUGACUACUUGGUAUCCAGGCUGAAGGAGCACUACAUUUUGCUGAGCACUGAUGGUCCUGGGAGGAAUGUCCUGAAACUUAAGCCGCCAAUGUGCUUCAGCUUGGACAACGCACGACACGUGGUGGCAAAGCUGGACACCAUCCUGACAGACAUGGAAGAAAAGGUGAGAAGCUGUGAGACGCUGAGGCCCACGGCAGAGGCAGCACUGCUCAGUCACGUCCUUCCCCACAAAUGAAACAUCCCACUCAAAUGAGCAGUGGUGACCCUGCCUUCCAACCUACAGAGGAAGAAAGCCUGAGGCCAUACUACACGCCCCUCCCCCAACCAUUGGUCUGUUGUUGGGACCACUCAGGACCGAGUCAAUUUCCUUUCCUCAAAAACCUGCCCACUGUGGGCGGGGUCAGGAUCAGGAACCUCCCAGUGCUCCUGCUUAAAUAAAUCAGAGGUGUUAUUUUUCAAAGUACCCUGAUACAUAAUUCACAAUUAAGACCAGUAAACAUUAUAUAAUUAGGUAUCCCCACACAAGCAUAAUCCUAUAAAAAACUGGCAAAUGACCCCCAUCAAGUGAUGCAAUGAGGCUUCUACCCUCCUGAAUUAAUGCUGGGUACAACCACACUAUUUCAAGACCCACUACCAACAGUGUGACUAGUGCUGCCCUAUCGGCUCUUCCUGCACACUUCCCACUAAGACACACGGAGAAGGAAGAAGACCUCUGUCACCGUCCGCUAGGCUAACAACUAACAUCAACUAGGUGAUGUCUUACUCAACUGCCCCUAGGAGCCAAUCUCAUUUUACACAACAUGGCAGGGCCCAAUCCAUCAAAUCUUUCCAAAUUCCCAGCCAGGAUAUCGAGGUUUCCAGGAGCCCCACCCUACCUGUCCCACCUUAUCUGGCUGCCACUCCCGCUCAGACAGCCUGCCACACCCUGACACAGUAAGCUACACCCUGCACUCCCAACCGCCACCAGAAUACUUGAAGCAUGAACUACCCUGGUCCUGACCAGAGUUCAAGGGGGGUAACAGCUGCACUUCUCACUGCACACAGAACUCUGCUCCUUUGAAGGCAAAAUGCCCUGGAUAAAAGCUGGCCAGGACGCUGGGGGCUCUUUGGGAAGGAUCUUGCUGGGGUGGGCUUGACUAAACCAGUGUCCUAAGGGGAUGGAGGUGAAUAAAGAUUUGGUUGUGGCAGGAAUAAGAUAGAAAAACUCUGCAGCAGUGUCCAUAGCAGGAAAGACGUCAUCACCAAGGGAAGAAAUCAGUACAUGGCAGAAGUUCUAGAAUCUUCUCAAAAUCGUGGGCCUUGUAUCUUACAUAACUUAGACUAGAUCCAGAAUACCUUGAUCUCUAGCUUAAAAUCAGGAAUCAAAGGGACUACUCAGCAUGCUUACUCUAUCCCAGAGAAGCUACUGUCCUCUCCUGCUUCCCACACAUCUUGUAUUUAUUGCCAGUCCUGCCAACCUAGGAGCUCCUUGAAGGACAGGACCAUCUGCCCCAAUCAGGAAAGCAAAUGCUGCAGGAAAACAAAGGUCCCACUACCCAGGAGAGCUCUAGAAAGUAGCCCAAUCCCUAAGCCACACCUGCAAGGGUCAGCCCUCCAGUGACAAGAGGCCAGACACACACAGCUGGAGACA